AUGGACGGUACCGGCGACCCAGAGCGCCAGCAAGCCUUGGAGGACUACAAGAAGAGCCUCCUGGAGUCACGAGAGUGGGAAGCAAAGCUAAAGAAUCUCCGACUAGGCAUAAAGGGCCUACAGAAGGAAUUUGAUGUGACGGAGGAUAACAUCAAAGCCCUCCAGAGCGUGGGCCAGAUCAUUGGCGAGGUCUUGAAGCAGCUUGAUGAAGAGAGGUUUAUCGUCAAAGCCUCCUCCGGCCCAAGAUAUGUCGUUGGUUGUCGGUCAAAGGUCGAUAAGGCCAAGCUCAAACAAGGAACACGAGUAGCUCUCGACAUGACGACCCUGACCAUCAUGCGAAUGCUUCCCCGCGAAGUCGAUCCGCUCGUUUACAACAUGUCGUUAGAGGAUCCCGGACAGGUCAGCUUCGGCGGUAUUGGAGGUCUAAAUGAUCAGAUCAGAGAGUUAAGAGAAGUCAUCGAACUACCGCUUAAGAACCCUGAGCUAUUCAUGCGCGUCGGUAUAAAACCACCCAAGGGUGUGCUAUUGUACGGGCCUCCAGGAACAGGAAAGACACUGCUUGCGCGAGCCGUCGCUAGCUCGUUAGAUACCAAUUUCUUGAAGGUCGUGUCAUCUGCAAUCGUUGACAAAUAUAUCGGUGAAUCUGCCCGCCUUAUCCGUGAAAUGUUCGGCUACGCCAAAGAACACGAGCCAUGUAUCAUCUUUAUGGACGAAAUCGACGCCAUCGGUGGCCGAAGAUUCUCCGAGGGAACUUCUGCCGAUCGAGAAAUCCAGCGAACUCUCAUGGAACUCCUCAACCAGCUAGAUGGAUUCGACUAUCUAGGCAAGACCAAGAUUAUCAUGGCUACCAACCGACCGGACACGCUUGACCCAGCUCUUCUACGAGCAGGGCGAUUAGAUAGGAAGAUUGAAAUCCCGCUACCUAAUGAAGUGGGCCGACUGGAGGUGCUGAAGAUUCAUGCCAGUGGUGUUUCGAUGGAAGGCGAGAUUGAUUUCGAGACGAUUGUGAAGAUGAGCGAUGGGCUGAACGGAGCCGAUUUGAGAAACGUGGUUACCGAAGCUGGUCUAUUCGCUAUCAAAGAUUACCGAGAUGCCAUCAACCAGGACGACUUCAACAAGGCUGUUCGAAAGGUGGCAGAGUCGAAGAAACUCGAAGGAAAGCUGGAAUAUCAAAAACUAUAG